GGGCAACUUAUUUGGGGCCUGGCUUCUGAGUAAGCAUCCAUGCAAGGGUCACAGUUGCAACGUCAUUGCAGACGGCGCUUGCUACACCCCUGCUCAUUUUAUUUCAUCUUCUUCAGGUUUUGCACGGACGUCCCUCUUCCGCACGCUUCUUCCCCUCGGGAUUUUCAACUCUGCAGGGCUGCCGCGUUUCCCGGGGAAGGAGAUUUUUGUAACUCACCCCGCGAUCCGUUUGCAGCACACGUUGCGCGAGGGUUCCUGAGUCGCUCCAGGCAGCUCUGGCGGCUACGAGAGCGGCAGCCUCAGCCUUUCCUCGGGAAAUGACCCCCCCAAAUACAUUCCCACUCCCCAUUGCCAGCUGAGUGAGGGUCCGAAUGGAGCAGGCGGCGUCAGGGCUUGCAGCAGCACCGGCGGUCUAUCACCCGGCGGUGCCUCCUCGGCCCGCUUGUGUCUACACCAGCUGCUACUGUGAGGAAAAUGUAUGGAAGCUUUGCGAAUACAUCCAGAACCAGAAUCUAUGUCCUUUAGAAGAAUUUUAUGCUGUUUUCAUUUCAAAUGAUAGAAAGAUGGUGCCACUUUGGAAGCAGCAGGCAAGAAGCGGGGGUCAGCCUGUGAUUUGGGACUACCAUGUUCUUUUGCUUCAUGUGUCCAGAGACCAGAACUUUAUUUAUGACCUUGACACUGUGCUGCCUUUCCCCUGCCCCAUUGACACCUACAUUGAAGAGGCCUUUAAAUCGGACAGCAAUAUUACUCCAGAAUUUCGAAGAAAAGUCAGGUUGGUUCGAGCCGACGUGUAUCUGAAGACGUUUGCUUCUGACCGAUCCCACAUGAAAGAUGCCAGCGGGAACUGGCUGAAGCCUCCUCCACUGUACCCUUGUAUUGAGACAGCAGACUUCAAGAUGAACCUAGAUGACUUCAUCAGUAUGAAUCCAAAUGUCGGAUGGGGAUCCGUGCUUCCUCUCCCUGAAUUUGUGCAGAGGUUUGGCAGUCAGAACUGAUUUCAGCUUGCGAUGAAGGACAGUGACAAAGUCAGUUUGAUGCAUGCCAUUUGAUAUAUUGCAUCACGUGUUUUAAAGUUGGACAAAUAGUAUUGGUUGUGUUUGGGGAAAAUAAAAAUAAUGUUCUGAAUGGAAAAAAACCUUUAAAAAUAUAUAUAUUGAAAGGAGCCAAAGGAACAUAGGAAGACUCUGGUAUAAGAGUCUGUUCAUCUAGCUCAAUAUUGUCUACCUUGACUCUGGCGGCAGCAAGCCAAGGUUUCAGACUGGAGUCUCUCCCAGUCCUACCUGGCUGGGGAUGCCAAGGAUUGAAACUGGGAACAUCUGCAUGCAAAGCCGAUGUUCAGCCACUGGGUUAUGACUCUUCCCCUGUGAGAUCCUUCAUGCAUCAGAAGAUAAGCCUGCAAACAGAACUCCGUUGGCAGAGGAACAUCUGCAGGCUGCAAGUGAAAUGAAACAGCUCAGGGGUGGGCAAUCUGCUGGUUGGCCUCUGGGAGAUUUGCAGGAGAUCAGCAAAGAUUUCUGACUCCCAGUUAUUUAAUAAUGGGGGGAGGAAGACUCCCCUCUUACCCUAAAUUAGACUGCUGAAAUGAAGAAGGCUUGGGCAAAUUAGGCACAGAUUUCUGUGUCUAAGGAAUUCCCAGGCGCAGAAUUCUUUAAUUCUAAGUAUGCCUUUUGCACCAAAAUCUAGGCGUUGGAUUAUGAGGUUCUAGUAAAAACAACAACCCCAAAGCAAAUCCCACAAGUCUGAAGUCUGCUCCUGCCUGAAAUAACUGGUCAGGUUUCCUAGCCACUUAAUACAUUUUAAACCUAGCUUUCCUCCAAAAAGUUCAGUGUGGUGUGUAUGGUUCUCCCAUCCCCCUUUUAGAAGGUUAAUAAUAUAGGGAAUAGAAAGGAAGAGGAUAAUUUAUUUUAUCAUCAUCAUCUUCAUCUAGAUGUGUUAAGUCACUUGUUACCUGAGGAUAAGGAAUUCGGUUAUAGGAGGAAAAAGUGAAUGUAAAAGGACCAGGGAGGAGGGAUGAAAUAAACUGAGCAGUUUGGGGAUGGGGGAUAAGGUACAAGUUGUGUGUGAAAGGUGAAUGGGAGAAGAGAUGAUAGGAGAUGAGUAAAUAUGCUUUGAAAGGCAUGUGGGUGUGGGAAGGGGAAAAUAUAAAAGAAAAAGGCUCUCUUUAAAGCUUUUGAUCAGCAAAUUCUGCCUAAAAUGGGGAGGCUGAGUCACAAUAUUUCCAAAGCAAAUUUCUGUACUUAGCUUGAGGAAAGGUCGGCAUAGAGCUCCUCACUGCAAGGAAAAUACCGUGGCAAAGAAUUUUAGCAAAUUUCCAAAAAAGAAAUUAGAUAUCAGUAGAAAAUGAUGAGGUAAUUGUCAGCUGAUUACUCUGCACCCAUCUGCCACCAUGUUGUGAUCAGCUCUGCCCCUGCACUUCUGUUUUGUGACUGGUGGGCCUCAGUAGUUUUCAGCCAUCUCAAGUGGGCCCUAGAAACAGAAAAUCUGAGAAGCCCUGGUUUAGUGAAAUGAAUGAUCUGUGGGGUCAUUGUGGCAUGUACUGAAAGGCCAUAGCCAGGACAAAUUGACAAUGGAGAAAUGACAUUUUCAUUUAGACCUGAAUGUUCUCAAAUGGAUUGAUUACAAGAUCGCUGGAGCUCCUUUAUUACAUUUCCACUCCAAGGCCAGAAGAGAGGCAAUUUAUUUUCUAUGUAUGAAAAAUGUGUUGAGUAUUGACCUACAUCAUGCAUUGGAUGGCUACAGGUAAUAACAUUUCUUUACUACUGAAUGCAAUUAAUAUUUUGCAUGCAACUCAGAAUUUUGUCUGGGUGCAGUUUUAACUUGAACCAGCGGAGAGUACUUUUAACAUUAAGAAAAGGGGGGCAAAGAAGUUUUUUAGAGGUUUGCUUUACUCUCUCUGGGAAAUAGGACUUAUAGGUUUUUUAAAAUGCAUCGAAAGCUAGUAAAACUUGCAUGACUUGAAGCAACAGCAGGGGGAAAGAAAUUUUGUAUCACGAGCAAGGCUGCCUCUAUCAUUCUCUCCUUCAACUGUCUUAGAAACAGACAGGGCAGAUAGAUAAAAGGAAGACCAUAUCCACAUAAAAAAGGUAAAGGUGUCCCCGCACUUAUAGUGCAAGUCGUUUCUGACUCUUAGGGUGAUGUCUUGCGACAUUUACUAGGCAGACCGUUUAUAUGGGGUGGGAUUGCCAGUUCCUUCCCCGGCCUUUCUUUACCCCCCAGCAUAUGCCGGGUACUCAUUUUACCGACCACGGAUGGGUGGAAGGCUGAGUGGACCUCGACCCCUUUUACCGGAGGUUCGACUUCCUCCUUCCAUUGGAAUCAAACUCCGGCCGUGAGCAGAGCUUCGGCUGCGUUGCUGCCGCUUACCACUCUGCGCCACAGAGGGCCUUAAUACAAUUAAUGUAUUCAGGUAACUGAAUGGAAUUUAUGGCCACUACCUUAGAUGGCUCCACAGGUGCAUUUGCACUGCCCUGACCUUGCUCCUCCCUCCCAGUAAGUAGACACAUUAAUUAAUGGGUGCCAAGGUUGGGUGCCACUGCUCACCUGAUCUCUCGGUCACAUUGGAGCUGCUUACGGGGUGGUGUGAUGAUACAUGUUACUGCAUCUUGAAGAUGAAUGAAAUCUUAAGAGCAAACAUGUCAGCAAACGUUAAGAUCAGUUGAUUGAUUUUAUUUAUUUAUAUUUGUUAGUUGCUUUCCUUGCAAAGCAACCCAAAGUGACUUACAACAAUAAACAUUAAAACAAACAAACCCAUUAAAAAACAGCACAACAACCUAAUACCAUAUCAGUACAGAUAAAGAUAGGUCUUGCAAGACCUGCCGUCUUAAAAGGCCGCUGAUACCUAAAAUCCUUCCAAUUAAGGACAACAGCCCAGGUAAAAAGUAAAGUUUUUGCCUCGUGCCUAAAACUAGAUGAUGAUGCCAGGUGUACCUCCCUGGGAAGAGCAUUCCAGAAGUGGGGAGCCACCACUGAAAAGGCCUGUUCUCAUGUUGUCACCCUCUGCACCUCCCUUGCAAAGGACGCAUGGAGAAGAACCUCAGAACACAGGGUCUAGGUUGGUUGAUGUGGUACAUUGAUAUACAUAUAUGCUUGCUUAUUAAUAAAAUAUUCUCUCUAAAUUAUUACACUGAAUUUGGAACUUCAUAUAGAAAACAACAAAAGAGGUAGAAGGGGGAGGUCAGCCCGGUGCAAAUGCAAUGGCAGGAACAUUGCCUUGGCUUUGCUGGUGCAUUUACACCGCUUUGACCUGGCCACUACCUCCCCGUAAGCAGCAGCAACAUGACCAACCAGAAGUCAUAUGAGUGCCAGCACCAGAUUGCCCGUUACAGGACACAUUUAUGGAGAAUAUGUUUAUCAAUAGCUGUUAGCUAAGUGGAACCAGCAUUUUUAGAGGCGGUGUACCUAUGAAUACUAUCUUGCCUGAAGGCUUCCCAGAGGCAUCUGAUAGGCCGUUGUUGGAAACAAGCUGACAGGCUAGAUUGGGGUGGGAACCUGUGGUGAAGACUACAUUUCCCAUCAUCGGAUCAUUGGCCAUGCAGACUGGGGCUGAUGGGAGCUUGAGUCCGACAACAUCUGGAAGGCCACAGUUUCCCCACCCUUUAUGGAUGUGGGUCUGGCCUGACAUUACACUAUGCUCUUAUUCUUUACUGGAAUUAUUUUUAUGCAAUCCAAGGCACACAGAGGCUUGUUUUCUUUAUACGACUUCUCCAUGAGCAUUGGUAUUUUUUAAAAAACAUAUAGGUCGAACUCUCUCUCCUACAGAUUUGAGGAGCCUAUUUUCUGACAGUCUUUCAUAUUGUUUCCCCAUAGGGGUUUUAUUUGUGUACAUUUUGUUCAGCAUUUUGGUUACAGAGCUGGAGGUGUCACUUUACCAUUGACCAGGGGUGGCUAGCCCUCAAUUUGGGCAGUCUGAUCUGCCCUGCCCAGCAAAAUUUCCAGCCCCCCUCCAAGACUUCACCAAUUUUGGCAACAGUGGCAAAAAGAAAAAAAAGUAGUAGACGUGCUGGAGUGGGCAGAGCCCAGCUAUUAGGAAUGCAAUUCACACCCUCCUUGGUCAUCUGAUCGAUCACUUGAGUGAAGAGAGGUUGAUAACUCAUCCACUGCUGAUUUCCACAGAUCAACCGAGGAUGGGGGGCUAUGUGUAUCCUCCUCUGUGUGUGCAUACGUGUGAGAAUUUGGAGUGACCACACCCACUGCUAGCCUAUGGCCCCCAGAGGUUGGUCAAGGGUGAAUGUGGCUCUCAAUCCAGAAAAAGACUAGGCAGAUAGAUAAUUCUGGGAAGCGACUAAUACUGUGUUCUAACACUAGGUGUCACCGUUUACAGUUUGUCUCAGAAGAACAAAGUUGCAACUAUGGAACUACCCACUUAGAGAUUUUUGAAAUAUUAAGCAGUGUGUAAAUGGUUUUAAAUGAAUGUCCAUUCUCAUAUACAUGAUUUGAAUAGAGUAGACCUAUUGAUAAAUAAUAUUGAUGAAUUCAUGAAUAAUCAUAUGCAGACGACUAAAUGAGUGACAUAUGUUCAAGCCACAUGGAAAAGUGUAUGCAAACUAAUUUGUUUAUUAGUUACAAUACUACCAAUUAACCACAAACUUUCACUUUUUAUUGGAAUUUACAUGAUUUAUAGCCUAGGCAAACCCUGGGAUGCCUGGAACUCCCAAGUGAAAAUGCCAUUUAAUAUGUUUGGAUGCUUCAGUUACCAGCAACUGAAUUUUAAAAAAUAGAAAUUAAAAAAUAGAACUUUCCCACUGGGACUAGAGGAAGGGAAUUAGCUGGUGGGAAUAGCAGAAAACAAAAAUGCUUGUGUGUAUAUAUGCAGUCCUGUUGUGCAUUGCAGAAAUGUCAUAUUUUGGCUACAACCCACUUAACUAUUCCUUUUAAUAAGUCUUCUCUUAAGUAAACAUGGCCUGGAUUGCAUUCCUUUGGUGUGUGUGUUUUUAAAAAUAUUUUCUGCAACUUCCAAAUACAACUCCAAAGCAAACACCGUUUGUUUUUUUCCCAGCCAGCUGUAAGAGAAGGUUAACAUCUCUGCUCAUACUGCAAUGUAGGGUGUUCCCUGCAUCUCUCCUGCCCAUCCCAACUGUCUAGACACCUCUCCAAGCUAGCAUUAACCCCAGUCCCAUCAUUGUGUUAAAAAUAAAGGAUUUAUACAUGCGAGGCUUGUGGCGAAAGAGAUUGUAGGCUCCGAUUCAGCCCCGCAAGCCAGCUGUUUUGAGGAAAGAAACAUUUGCAAGAAAAUGGACCUGAGAAAAUCCUAGAACGUAUGCAGCAAAGUGCCUCAUUGACACUGAAGAUGCAACAAGAGGACAUCCUGUUAAGAUGAGGAUCAUAGAAUAUGGUUUCCCUGGGUUAAAUCAACAUCUACACCAAAACUUUGUAUCAGAUGAUUCUCUUGGGAAACCUUAGGAGUUUUAGCUUGUGGAAAAAAAUUGGUAAGGAUUUCAAGGCUCCCCUCACAGAAAUACAUCUUCUGUUUCCUGGGCAGAAACUACAAUGAAGACUGGAAUCCUAACUCCACUUACCUGGGAGGAAGCCCCACUGAAUUCAGAAGAACUUACUCCUAAGUAGACAUGGUUAGAAUUGCAUUGUAAAUCACUUUAAAUCUGUUGUGUAGAUAUGCUCCCAUCUCCAUCAUAUUUAUACAGUGGUAGAUCACACUGAUUCUGUUAAUCUACCCCAUGACUCAGAAGAAGCCUUUUAAAUCGGGCAGGGGACAUUUUUGACCACCCUGUGGGCAUUCCACCUGUCAAUUGUGAUGUCAUCAUGGCCACCACCCCCUGUCAAAAUCCCUUGUGUGGGGUUCCCAUGCUUAAGAACUACAGCGCAAAGAGUGUUGCCAACCCUCUGGUUUUCAACCCUCCCUUCAUUUUUUCUUUCCACCCCUGAUGUCAGAGGUGCAAAGGAGAAGUGUAGUGAGGUUCGCUGUGGGCUCUGAAGCUUGCAAAGAGCAGUGAGCAACAGUGAAAGGGAGAAGUGGAUUCCACUCAAAGGAAACCACUUCCCCCUCUUUAAGCAAAGCACACUCCUACUGAGGAGCAGUUGCUUGCUCUAGCAAAGGAACAAUCGGAAGCCCACUUUAAGCUCCAGAUUGUUCCUUUGAAGGUUUGCCCUCACCUGCCCCAUACCUGAAGUCAUACAUGACAUCAGGUGCAGGGUGGGUCAGUGUGGCUUCACCAAAAUGGCCAGGCAGGCCAGGCUUGGCCUGUGGGCUGGAGGUUCCUCACCCUGGCUUUAAAUGGAACCUGGCUAGUCUUGCCAUGGCCUGAUGAUUAUUGGCUUGUGGUACCAGAGGUGGGCUUUGUCAUUUUGGGCACUGGUGUUACAGAAUGCACUCCCUGCUGAAAUAGAAGAGGCCCCAUCUGCAUUGGCAUGCUGCUGGAUUUUGAAGACGCACCCAUUUGCACAGGCAAUCCUUGGAGCUCCCCACCUAAGCCUCCGGUUCCAAUUGCUGGGUUGUUCUGAUGGGAUUGUGUUACUGCAUAUUUUAAUUAUGGAUGUUUAUAUUUUAAUGUUUGCAUAACGUGUUUACGAUUUUGUAGCCUGCUUAGAAGCCUGUUUUGGCAUUAAGUGGUAUAUAAAUGAAUUACACAGCCACAAGAGUGGCUGUAUACUAUAGCCAGCAUGGAUUUUUUGUAUUCCGCAAUGUUAAAUUGAAAAUACCCCCAUGUCAUUCUGAUGCUUCCCAUAAGCUCAUUUCAAAACAAAACCUUACAAAACAUACAGUCUUGAACUCAGAAACGCUUGCUUAAAAACCCUCUAAAUUUUCAUGGCGAUACACAAAACAGUCAAGAGAAUUGAGAGUUCAAAGAGUGAAAAGAGAGAGAGAAAACCCACAUCCCUGUUCGACUUUUUUCUGUCAGAGUUCUCAUUUUGUUGAAAUUAAUUAAAAAUCAGCCAUGUUCACAGAGUACCUGUAAUCCUAAUACUGAUCUUGCCCCAUACUCUGACCUUCAUCUUCUGCAGUUUAAAAGUUAAAAAAAAUGCCUGGCUGAUUUUUAAUUAAUUUAAGAAAUUUUACAUUGAAGUCAAUAAGCCCGGGCAUGCUCAGUAAGAACCAACUGUCAGUGUUCUAAAAGCCAGAGUCACAGCUGUUGGGCUUGACUGAUCAGGGGGCCACACCCACACCAGACCUUUAUUUCACGUGAGACAGUCACUGCUCCCCUCAAAGAAUCCUUGGAAGUGUAGUUUGUGAAGGCUGCUGGAGUUGUUACGAGACUCAUUCCCUUGGCAGAGCUCCAAUGGCCAGAGUGGUUUAAUAGUCAGCUGCUCUGAUUUAUUUAUUUAUUUAAAAUAUUUCUAUUUUAACCAGAAACUCAGAGCGGCGAACAACGAAGGAUAAAAUAGAACACAAUAAAAUAAAAUUUACAACCUCUACAUGCAAUCAAUAUAGUUAAAAACAUACAAAAAACUAAUGCUUACAACAUAAUUUGUUAAAGUUCCUAUUCCACGUUCAAUUUAAACGCAGUCCGAAAAAGGAUCGUCUUAACCUGGCGGCGGAAUGCCAAAAGUGAAGAAGACAACCGUACCUCCGCUGGCAAAGCAUUCCAGAGUCUAGGAGCGACAACAGAAAACGCCCUGUCUCUGGUUCCUGAUAAAUGAGCUGGUGAGACUGAAGGGAUCAUGAGAAGUAUAUCCUCAGAGGACCUCAAAAGAUGGGAGGGUUCAUAACGAAGCAACCGAUCGGACAAAUAGACACGGCCCAGGCCGUGUAGGGCUUUAAAGGUUAAUACCAGCACUUUGAAUUGAGUCCGGAAGCAAAACGGCAGCCAAUGGAGUUGUUGUAAUAAGGGGGUUGUAUGAGUCCGAAGGCCAGCCCCCGUCAGCAUUCUCACUGCCGCACGUUGAACCAGUUUAAGCUUCCGAAAUGUCUUCAAAGGCAGCCCCACGUAGAGUGCGUUGCAGUAAUCCAACCGGGAUGUAACUAGGGCGUGUGUUACUCUCGUCAGAUCGGACGUCUCUAGAAACGGGCGCAGUUGGCGAACUAGUCUUAGCUGGGCAAAAGCGCUCCUGGACACCGCAGAGACCUGGGGUUCCAGGGUCAAAGCCGAGUCCAGAAGCACACCCAAACUGCGAACCUGAGUUUUUAGGGGGAGUGUAACCCCGUCCAACACAGGUAGGUUCCCUAUUUCCAGGCUUGUCCCACGACUGUCGCAGAGCAAUUCCUUCUUGUCUGGAUUUAAUUUCAACUUGUUCUCCUUCAUCCAAUCCAUCACUGAGGACAGACACUGGUUCAGGGGCUGGACGGCUUCCUUGGCAUCAGGAGGAAAGGAGAAAUAAAGCUGGGUAUCAUCUGCAUAUUGGUGGUAUUGAACUCCAAACCUCCGGAUGACCUCACCCAGUGGCUUCAUAUAGAUAUUAAAUAACAAAGGAGACAAAACAGAGCCCUGUGGCACCCCACAAGUCAGGGGCCAAGGAGCUGAGCAGGAGUCUCCAAGUAUUACCUUCUGAGUCUGACCCUCCAGGAAAGAGCGGAGCCAACACAAAACAGUGCCCCCUAGUCCCAUCCUGGCUAGGUGGCUCAAAAGGAUAUUAUGGUCAAUAGUGUCGAAGGCCACUGAGAGAUCCAGGAGAAUUAAAAAGGACACACUCCCCCUGUCUAGUUCCCUGCGAAGGUCAUCCACCAAGGCAACCAGAGCCGUCUCAGUCCCAUGGCCAGGUCUGAAACCAGAUUGGAAUGGAUCGAGAUAAUCCGUUUCCUCUAGGAAACUUUGCAAUUGAAUGGUCACCACCCGUUCCACUAUUUUACUAAGAAAAGGUAGAUUGGAGACUGGUCGAUAGUUACUCAAACACAAUGAGUCUAGGGAGGGUUUUUUCAACGAUGGUCUUACAAGCUCCUCCAGGCAACUUGGAAGAGAGCCUUGGUGAAGGGAGGCGUUAACUACCCCACAUACCCAUGUGGCCAGUCCACCUCUAGCUUGUUUCAAGAUCCAAGAUGGACAAGGGUCAAGUGGGCAGGUGGUAGGCCUCAUUCCGCCAAGAAGCUUGUCUAUAUCUCCAGGUUGAACAAGUUGAAAAGAAUCCAUCUUAAUAGGACAGACAGAGGCCAGAGGUGUAUCCUUAGAGACUGCAUUAAUAUUGGCGUCCAAGUCGGAGCGGAUCUGAUCGACCUUGUUCGCGAAAUAUGUGGCUAAUUCUUGACAACGAGUUGGAGAAGAAUCCUCAUUAAUUUCGGAGUGAUCGCGGUUAAGUAGACCUUUGACCACUCGGAAUAAUUCUGCUGGCUGAUUGAAGGCUGAAGAAAUGGAGGCCGUAAAAAAAGCCUUUUGCGCAGAUCGUCUUGAAGCCGAAUAAAUACUAGAAAAUAUUUUAAUGAGAAAUCGGUCAGAUUCGCUGCGAGUUUUCCGCCACCGUCGCUCUAGACCCCUACAAGUGCGUUUCA